AUGGCUCUCCUCGCCCCCAUCAUCUGCGACAACGGCACGGGCUUCUCGAAAGUCGGGUUCGCUGGGAACUCGGACCCAUCCUUUGUCUUCCCCACCGCAAUAGCCACGCGCGGGCCCGCCGCGCAACCGAGUCGUGGACCCGCAGUGCCCUCGAAGCCCGGCAACCUCGCCUCCAAGCGCGGCGUCGAGGACCUCGACUUCUUCAUCGGCGACGAGGCGAUCGCCAACGCGCAGACCCCCGGCUAUGGCAUCAACUACCCUAUCCGCCACGGCCAGAUCGAGAACUGGGACCACAUGGAGCGGUACUGGGAGCAGACGAUCUUCAAGUACCUCCGUGCAGAGCCCGAGGACCACUACUUCCUCCUGACCGAGCCCCCGCUGAACCCCCCAGAGAACCGCGAACAAACAGCGGAGAUCUUCUUCGAGUCGUUCAACAUCAAGGGCCUGUACAUCGCCGUGCAGGCCGUGCUCGCGCUCGCCGCGUCGUGGUCCUCGAACCGCGUCACGGACCGCACGCUGACGGGCACGGUCAUCGACAGCGGCGACGGCGUCACGCACGUCAUCCCCUGCGCGGAGGGCUACGUGAUCGGGAGCGCGAUCAAGCACAUCCCCAUCGCCGGGCGCGACAUCUCGCAGUUCGUGCUGAACUUGCUGCGCGAGCGCGGCGAGCUCGCGGGCGUCCCGCCUGAGGAUCAUUUGAAGGUCGCGGGGAAGAUCAAGGAGCAGUACAGCUAUGUGUGCCAGGAUAUUGUGAAGGAGUUUAGGAAGUACGACCAGGAGCCGUACAAGUUCUUCGCGCGGUACGAGGGCGAGCAUGCUGCGACCGGCCGGAAAUACGACCUCGACGUCGGUUACGAGCGGUUCCUCGCACCGGAGAUCUUCUUCAACCCCGAGAUUUACUCCUCUGACUUCCUGACGCCCCUGCCUGAGAUCGUGGACACCGUGAUCCAGCAGUCGCCUAUCGACGUCCGUCGAGGUCUCUACAAGAACAUCGUGCUCUCCGGUGGCUCCACGAUGUUCCAGCACUUCGGCCAACGCCUCAAGCGCGAUCUGAAGCAAAUGGUUGACCGUCGUCUGGAUGCAAGCUCUGCCGCGAGCGGUGGCACACACAAGUCGUCCGGAAUCGAAGUCGACGUCAUUUCUCACAAGCGCCAACGUUAUGCGGUGUGGUUCGGUGGUUCGCUGCUUGCGUCCCUGCCCGAGUUCUACACGUCCUGCCACACGAAAGCGCAAUACGACGAGAUCGGCCCGAGCAUCUGCAGACGGUACCAGAUCUUCGGCAGCGCGACCUAAGUUUCACGCUGCUAGAAUUAGUGCGGCUAGACCUCCCAGGGGGAUGUAUGUCACCAGGCGGAAUGGAAUGCCAAUGUAUUGUACGCUGCGCGCGUGCGGGGACGCGUGGUACCAGGACUUUCGAAUACACAAUAUUCAUGCAAGAGCGAGUGGAUAGUUCCACGGGUGUGCCAGAAGGGCAGUGCAUCAUCGGCGUGAACUACUUCGCAUCUAACUGGAACAGCUGCACUGGAAGCCAAGCAGCUUCCGCUCACCCAUGCCACAGUAUCUCCGCUCUUCCUUGACUUCUGCAUCCAGCAAGCUUUCAUCGCCAUCGCUACCUUCCGCGCCCCACGGCUCGAAGGGGUUGCAGGCCAUAUGCAGGACUUUCCGGAGGACACGCUUCCCGCCUUCCGCAUCCGUUUCGACCUUCUUGAUGACCUCCUCCAGCAGCCACUGUCUCAGCACGAAGCGUGGGUUCGCUGCCUUCGCGGCAGCUUCUCUCUGCGCGUCCACAUCCGCGUCCGUCGCUCCUUCCCAGAGAUUGCGCUCACUCUCGAUCCUGGCGGCGUACUUCUCUAACCAGGUCUUCCAGUCGCUCCUCGCACGCUCCCUGUCCAACCUCUCCGGCUCCGGGCACAGCUCCAGCAAGCUACCGACGAACGCCUCCAGCGCCGCCUCAUCUCUCACGACUACAGGGCGGAACCGCGUCAACAGGCGGAACGACCCGUGGAAGUCGAGCCCGUGGUCGCGCAGGAGGUCGAGCAGCGGGCGGGCGAAGCGCGACUCGUCGUCCGCGUCGAACCGCCGUAGCGCGAGGCGUGCGUGCAUGUGCCGGCCGUACUCGAUGGCACAGGCCUCCUCUGCGAUGCGCUCCAUCUCGUCUUUGGCGAGUUCGAGACCGCGAUCGGUCCAGGCUUUGAGUUGCUCGGGGGAGGCUUCGUUUGCCCAGCCAGGGAGGACGGCUUUGCCGUUGAGCGCGUCCUCGGCGCCGAUGAGGGGCGCCAGAGCGUUCAGGAGGGAGCGGAGGGCGUAUAUGAUCAUGGACGGCUGGAACUUAUAUGCAUACCGACCUCCGUCAUCGCUGUGGUUGCAGAUGUGAAGCGGAUCGAAUACGUCCAUGAAUGCGUAUGGUCCGUAGUCGAUAGUCAGACCCAGUAUCGAAACGUUGUCUGUGUUUAUCACGCCAUGCAUGAACCCAUAUGCCUGCCAUCCUGCGACCAUGCGCGCAUUCCUGCGCGCGACCUCGUACACAAGUUCCUUGCCCCACGCGUCCCCGGGGCCAUCCACACCAGGCUCCCCGCGCCACCGCACGCCCUCGAGUUUCAGCACCUUGCGCGCGACCCACUCGCCCAGUAUACGCAGCGCAUCGAGGUCCGCCUUCUGCUGCCCGCCGCCGAAAAAGAACAUGUUCGCGGGCGGGUUGAGCGCCUCGAAGGAGCCGAUGCGGAUGAAGGAGGGCGCGACGCGCGUGAGGACAGAGGCGUAUUCCAUAGUCUCGCGCUCGACAGGCAGCUUGGGGAGCGAGAUGAGGGCGAGGGAGCGCGUCGUAGGGAUGGAAAGCGCGUGCAUGGCUUCUGAACAGAGGAACUCGCGGAUGGACGAGCGCAGAACCGCAAGUCCAUCUGCCAUCCUGGAGAAGGGUGUCCUGCCGGGACCCUUCAGCUGCAAUUCGUAUGUGGUUGUGGGGUCAUCUGGGUGCGGCGUGCUCAGAAGAGAUAUCGCUCGUCCGUCCCCUAGCUGCCCCGCCCAGUUGCCAAACUGGUGACCGCUAUACCGCACCGACCACGGCGCCCACUGCGUCUGCGGGUCGUCGCCUUCGCAGUUAGCUAAAAGCGCGUGCCCGCUGAGGACGUCAAUGAGCUCCUGCCGUGCUGCUACCGCGGCCUCGCCCGACUUCGCAGAAUUCCCAUUCGUCGCUGGGGUCGCAUCCUCGGUACGUGCUGCAGACAAGGCAGGCAGCCCAAGAAGGUCGAAUGCAUCGCCAACGUCGAGGUGCGGAACGCAGUCCUUCCACCCCGUCUCCGCCAGCCCAAUCAGCACGCGCUCCUCAUCCCUCUUCUCCGCCACAUACUUCCGCAGCCUCCUCCCCUCCUUCUCCUUCCCCUCCCCUUGCAGCGGGGCACUAGGCACCUCCCGCAGAGCCUCCCUAUCCACAAGCCAGCGCUCGACCGCCGCGACCUGCGCCUCCCCGUCCGCGUCCUCGUCCGGGUACUCCACGCGGAACGGGAACGGCACGGGGAACGGCGCGACGUACGCGAAGUGCGCGGGCGGCGCGAGCAGCCGCGCGCGCCGCUGCAGGCUCGGGCGCGUCCCGCGAACCGCGUGCCACGCCGCGGGCGAGGGCGUGUGCGGGUCCGGGGUGAGCGUGUGUGUGAGCGAGUGGCUGGGCGGGGGGAGCAGGAGCGCGGAGAUGGGCACGCGCGUGUAGUUCGCGGAGGGCUUGGUACCGUUCGCAGUACUAGUGCCGUUCGCGAGGUGACUUGUGUGCGACAUGGCUCGGAUGGUGGUCCUAG